AUGACGUCUGACAGAAUUCCAGAUGCAUAUGGGCCGGGCACUUACACCGACAAGACCUUCACUCCAGUACCCGAGGACACAGCCCGCAUCUUCCGUCUGCUCGCUUCGCAAACACCAGGCUUCACACAAGAUAACAAUGUCCUCGACAAGGUCCGCUUCGAGGGUGAGCCGUUCCCCGUGAUGCCAGGCCCGAUCAAGGCCGUCUCUGUGGCCGCGGCAUUACAUGCCAUGACCGGCGUGCUCGCAGAUGAGAUCCUCGCUCUGCGCGGCGCACCGAACCCAUCCAGGCAAAUGACAGUCAACACCACACAAGUUGCCAUGUGGUUUGGUUGCAUUGCCACAGUCUUCCUGAACGAUACCGAUGCUUUGACCCUCACGAAGCAGGGCGAGAUGAAGAAGCUCCUGCCCAGCUGGGAGCAGGGCUGGACCGACACGCCCCUCAAGUACCGUACAACAGGCUUGUACCCAACAAGCGACCCAAACCGCUGGUACUCUCUGCACGGCAGCAUGGACGCAGAGCCGAUGCUGCGAUCCAUCGGCAUUGACCCGGCAACAGCCAAGGUUUCCUCUGCCGAGGAGGCCGCCGAGCUCAUCGCCAAGCACACAAGCAAGAUGAGCCCGGAAGAGCUGGAGCUGACCAACCUCCGCAACGGCGCAUGUGGCAGCAUCUGCUUCACUCCCAAGGAGUGGCGUGAGUCCGAGAUGGGCCGCUCGCUCGCCCGCCACCCGGUCGUCGAAGUUGAAAAGCAGGACCACGCUAUCCCAACACCCGCAGUCGCCUUCCCGCCGCUCAACCCCAACGACAAGCGGCCGCUGGCAGGCGUCAAGGUAGUUGAGAUGACCAGAGUCAUCGCAGGUCCCGAGAUCGGCACGAUCCUGGCCGCCUAUGGCGCCGACGUGAUCCGCGUCAACCCGCCUCACCUGCGCGACAUCAACAUCAUGCAGCUCAGCCUCAACGCCGGCAAGCGCACCACCCUGAUCGACCUGCGCAAGCCAGACGAGGUGGCCACGCUCAAGAAGCUCGUGGGCGACUGCGACGUCUUCAUCAACGGUUUCCGCAUCAACAAGCUCGCCAAGUUCGGCUUCGGCCUCAACGACCUCCUGAAGAUGGCCGGCGAGCGCGGCCGGGGCAUCGUCUACGUCAACGAGAACUGCUACGGUCCUGACGGGUACUACGCCGAGAGGCCCGGAUGGCAGCAGAUUGCCGACGCGGCGGCCGGCUCGGCAUACGUGACUGGUCGUUCGCUCAAGGGCAUGAUCCCCGACGGCGAAGCGGUCCUCCCCAGCCUGCCCGUCUCCGACAUGACGACUGGCGUGAUCGGCGCCGUGGGCGCGAUGCUGGGCCUCAGACGCAGGGCCACAGAGGGCGGAAGCUACCGGGCGCACGCAAGCCUCACGCAGGUCAACGCAUUCGCCCUCACCGAGGAGAUUGGACUGUACCCGGAGAGCACGGUUGAGGAGUGCAGGAAGCGAUUCGAGUGGGCCGAGAUGAGAGGCCAGCACCACGUCUUAGACCUGCUAGUCACCGUCUAUGACGGGUGGAAGCGUGUGCUCGGUGAUUACCUGAAGCCGGAUGGAAAGUUCUUCCAGAGUUUCCCGACCAGUGCCUUUGACGGCAGGAGCUUGAGCAUCCUGCGACCCAUCGUCACUAUCGAGGGCGAAAAGGACGCAACGCCUGAGUGGAGGACGCCGAGUGUGCCGUACGGGCAGGAUAAGGCGGAGAGUUUAAGUUUUAGGUGA